GCGCAUCCGGCUGUGCAUGGUACAGGAGGAGCAAGCAGAGAAUGGUCAGGCAAGCCAGGGGUUCAACAGGAGAUGGUCAGCAGAGGUCAGGAUCAAAGCAGGGUGAGCAACGAGGCAGGAACACAGGAUACCAGGUACAGGGGCUCAUGGGAAACAUACACCAAGGCCCUGAUCACAGGCCUGGUCAUUCCGGGCACCGAGUCAUCUGGCACGACAGCGGGCAACAAGUCACCUGGCAGAACAGCGGGCAACGAGUCAUCUGGCAGAACAGCGGGCAACGAGUCAUCUGGCAUGACAGCAGGGACGAGUCAUCUGGCACGACAGCGGGCACCGAGUCAUCUGGCACGACAGCGGGCACCAAGUCAUCUGGCAGAACAGCGGGCAACGAGUCAUCUGGCAGAACAGCGGGCAACGAGUCAUCUGGCACGAGAGCGGGCACCGAG